GUGGCUCACCACCACCACCGCCACUGGCGAACUGGCGUAAAGGCUUACGGCUUGUGACCGCGAGAUGAGCGAGCGGUUUUGUGAUAUGCCCCAAUACGGGCACAGCUGGAGUGAUACACCGAACACUUUUACAAUGGGAGAGAUGCACACCAAGUUGUCCAAGUGAAUUGUCAGGCUCAGCGCGAGUGAUGUGAUGGGCACAACCAGACAGUGACUGAUAAGCAACGAAGUGCUCGGGUGAAAAGUCAUGCGACAGUUAGAGCGAUGCACAAUCAGUUUCAAGGAAAGCGCCAGGCUUAGCUGGAGGGAUGCGCGGGGUGCAACUGAACAGUGACUGAAAAGCAACCCCGUGGAUCGAGGUACAGAGAGGUGCCCGAGUGAACCUUUGCAGUGAAUGCCAGGCCGUGGACAUCCUCGUUAGGAAUAAUUACGGCAGGGAGGUAACCUGGUUAUAAACGUCGAACUCGGCUUGGGUGAUACACCGGAAUUGAGCAGCACAGAGUGAUGACGCCGGGUCCUCGCUGAGUGAUGGAAGAGACCAGCUGGUUUUUGGAUAGAAGGUUGCUGGUAUGGACCGGCAUCGCCAUCCUCCUGCCUGUCCUGAUCACGCUGGGCUGGAGUUACCGCCGCUCCCAGCGGGCCAGGCGCAUCAGGGGCAUCCUGCGGCGUAGCCGGAGUCAGCACAGCUGGAGCUACACUGACCUUUUCAACAAGCCCACCUACUGCUCCGUAUGCGGCCAGCACAUCCUCCACGGGGCCUUCUGUCACGGUUGUGGGGUUUGUUCAGACGAGGGCUGUCUGCGAAUUGCUGAGCGGAAUCUACCUUGCAAGGAAGUGGUGGCGGCGGCGGCCGCGAGGGGUUUCGUAGCACACCACUGGGUACGCGGUAAUGUGCCCCUCUGCAGUUACUGCGCCGUGUGCAAGGGCCAGUGCGGCGCCCAGCCCACCCUCUGCGACUUCAGGUGCAUUUGGUGCCAGGUGACCGUCCAUGAUGACUGCAAGCCGUCUCUGCCGGAGGGAGAGAAGUGUAAUUUUGGGGAGUUCAGAAACCUGAUCAUUCCGCCGCAUUAUCUGCACAAUGUGAACCAGCUGGGACGUGGGCAGCCAGAAGAUUAUGCCAAGUUGGCAUCUAUCUGUGGUCCUAACUGGACACCACUUAUUGUCUUAGCCAACACACGCAGUGGAAAUAACAUGGGAGAGGAACUUCUAGGGGAGUUCAAAAUGCUCCUCAACCCUCUACAGGUGUUUGACUUGACCAAACUGGCACCGAUUAAAGCACUCCAACUCUGCACUAUCCUUCCUCCCAAAGGUGUCCGAGUCCUCGUCUGUGGUGGUGAUGGUACUGUAGGCUGGGUGUUGGAUGCUAUAGAUGAGAUGAGAAUAAAGGGCCACGAGCACAUUCCUUAUGUGACCAUCUUGCCACUGGGCACAGGAAAUGACCUUGCCAACUCUCUGGGCUGGGGUGCAGGCUAUGCUGGUGAAAUUCCCAUCGAGGAGGUCCUUAGAAAUGUUAUGGAUGCAGAGGCAGUCAAACUGGAUCGGUGGAAAGUACAAGUUACAAAUAAGGGUUACUGCAGCUUCCGAAAGCCAAAGGUUCUUUCUAUGAACAACUAUUUUUCUGUAGGACCUGAUGCUCUAAUGGCUUUGAAUUUCCACACCCACAGAGAGAAAACUCCAUCCCUGUUUUCCAGUCGGAUUUUUAAUAAGGCUGUUUACUUUUUUUAUGGGACCAAAGAUUGUCUUGUGCAGGAGUGUAAAGACCUGGACAAAAAAAUUGAGCUGGAGCUGGAUGGGGAAAGGGUGGACCUGCCAAAUCUGGAGGGGAUCAUCGUGCUCAACAUUGGCUACUGGGGCGGAGGCUGCAGACUUUGGGAAGGGAUGGGCGAUGAGCCUUAUCCUCCAGCCAGACCUGACGAUGGCCUUCUGGAGGUGGUCGGUGUUUUUGGGUCAUUCCACUGCGCACAGAUUCAAGUGAAGCUCGCUAACCCCGUGCGGCUGGGACAGGCGCACACAGUCAGGCUCAUUUUGAAAAGUUCAAGGAUGCCGAUGCAAGUGGAUGGGGAGCCUUGGGCCCAAGGUCCCUGCACUAUUACAAUAACGCACAAAACUCAGGCGCAAAUGUUGUGUCAUACCGGCGAGCAGACAGAUGAUGAGGACGACGCCUCGAGCACCUCGGAGCCAGAACUCUCGAGAGAAGCUGAAGCAACUGACGAAGAAAGCUAACUUGUUCUAAUGUCUUUAAAAGCAGUCGGCGUAAGGCCUGGCCAGGUCUCUUGUCACUGGCUUGUCACUUGCCUUCUGCAUUUUCUAAAACUGCACUGACUAGCUUGAGGUUGGUUUUCUUGUUCUUUUUCUACCUGUACAAAACCGUUUGUCACAGUGAUUUCCUGUGUCUGCUGGCAUGCAGAGAUAACAGGCUUGAUACGACUAACCGAAAAAGCUGAGCUCACGUGGACGAUCAAGGUGGAUGCACAAACGUUUUCAUUGUCUAAUGCCGGGGUUUGGUUAUUUGCAGUGUAGCUGGACCGAGUGACCACUGACAGGCACGUAAUCUUAAGCACCACUCCUGAAUCCCCGUUAAUCUUUUAAACAGCGGUGUUUGUUGGCACCAGGCUGUAAAACUACUGUAUUAGAAAGGACCGCUGGUCUCAAUCUACUGUCUUAGCACUGAAGAUACAAAGUGAGCCAACAACAUCAGUCCCAGAUUACAACUUGAGGCACUUUUCAGGCCUUCACACUACUUUAUACGGCACUGUAUUGUGAUGGCCCAAUAAAUUUGGACAAGCGAGAACCAGAAAAAGGGGUUGGACGUCCCAUUUUAUUAGAAACAAAAACUCAAAGCAAAACUCUGAUGUUCAUCCAUUCCAAAACAAUCCCAGAAAGCCCAGCUAUUUUAGAGCCACAGAGAGCUUUACUGAUCAUUUCAUCGUCUUCCUUUCACCCCGUCUCUCUCCCUCCUCCUUGGCCUGAGUUGUUAUUUCAGCCAUGUCUCUGUCUCUUCUGCUGCCCCUCCAAGUGGAGACCCUUAUGACUGUAUUUCUAAAGGGUGUCCCUCUUGGGUGUGGUCUUAUUCCAACCAAUUUCACAAUCCAUGCCUCAUUCUUACUUUUAAUUAAUCUUAUCGUUGACCGAGCUGUCCUUUUUACUUUCUUGUAUACGAUGAAUAGAGAAAGUGCAAAGGUUCUCUGUCGAGAUUUUGAUGAAUCUCGAUGUUUUAGACCUCCCUGACUUUCUCGUUUCCGAAGUAUAGGGAAAGUAUUGGAAUCCUCCAAAAAAAUUUUUUCAAGAUUUUGAUGAAUGUCGACGUUUUAGAUCUCCCCAAGUCCGAAAAUACCAUUUUUGGAAUUACAUCUGUGUGUUUGUCUGUGUGUGUAAACACGAUUACUUGAGUACACUUCCAGUUAAUUCAACCACAUUUUGCAUACGAGUAUUAGGUACAAAACGUAGGUUUCUAUCAACGUUUGGGCAAUUUCCGUUAACCAGAAGUGGUACUUUACCAUUUA